CAGAAUGCCAGCCGUGGCUUUCCGCUCGCCAGGCGGCAUGCUGCCCUCGAGCGGAUCGCGGAACCUGGGCCCUGCACAACACAACCAAUACCAGCAAUUUGGCCGCGGUCAGGCCCCCCGGCGCAAAACAGCGUCAUGCCACCACCUAACCCUGGCAGACAAAUAGUCCAUGACACCCAUGUCAACUCGCGACAGCGCACCCGGUACAGCGUUGGCCCAUUCCUUGUGAGAGUACAUCUAUACGUGCCCCCAUGGUCACACACCCCCACGAGCAAGGCUCAUGUAAGUCAAAAGUUGUGGCCGGUGCAGAAUGCGUGCGUCCAGGAAGCACAACCUCACGGGCAAGGCUCA